AUGAUUGAUAAUCCGUUUGAAUUUGAAAGGGAUCCCAAGAAGUUUACGAAUUCUUUGGAACACAAUAGAAAAGAAAUCGAUGAGGAGGAUGAUUAAUAAUAGUAGACAAGAUUAACUUAACUUUAUAUGGGUAAAUCUGCAGGUAGAUAUGGAUUGUUGAGAAAAUUAGAGGAGUAGAGUAAAUUGAUUUUAUUUAGAUUAAGCUGAAAAAUUAGCAGUGGAUAGAGAUCUUGUAUUCUCUUAGGAUUUGAAAUCUAAAAGUUACAAUUUGAAACCAGAUCCAAUUUCAUGUCAUUUGAAACAAUUUAAUCCAAGAAUGCUUGAAAAAAAUUACUAAGAUUCCCUCUAGAAAGGUUAUAAAAUAAGGAGCAUAUUGAAUGAAAAAAAAGAAACUCUUUAGGAUUUUGUUGAAAAGAAAAGAGAAAUUUGUUUAACAAAUCUAAAUAUUAUAACAAAAAAAGAGGAAACCAACAGACUUGAGGAUUUUAUUAAAAAUGAGCAGGAGUCUCUGCAAGCGAGAAAACUAUAUUUUAAAAACGAUUGCGAAUUAGUCAAAAGGUUUAUGAGUGAAGUUAAAUCUUAAGCUGAUUAAGCUGCAAUUUUAGCUGAUAAGGAAAUGAGGAGGAAGGAGGAAGUCAAGGUGGAAGUUGCAAGAAUAUUAGCCUAAAUUGAUAGAUUGAAAUUAUAGAAAAGCAAGCUUUAAGAUGAAUAUGAUAAAUUAGAUAAAUACAGAUAAUUCUUAGAAAAAAUCAAAGUAAUCUUGAUACUUUACAUUAUUUUAGUAACAUUAUAAAACCAAAUUUUCAGAGAUAGAGAAAGAUAUCGUCAUGCCCUAAUCUCUAUCAAAUUAUAAAAAGACUUUGUUCUUAACGGGAGUUAACGUUGUAGAAUCUGAAUCAAGAUCAAAGGAAUAAUUGGAGUAAUUGCAAUUUGAAUAUAAGCAAAAUAAAAUGGCAGAUAUUGUGAUAGAGAUUUUGGAUGCAAUUGAAGAGGGGAAUCUACGAAAUAUGCAGAAUCAAAGAGAUGCUGAGGAAGAAAUGGAAUAAAGAAAGAGAGAGGUUGAACAUUCGAGGGAGAUCUUUCUAAUUCAUUAAAAGGAAAAUGAAUAACGAUUAAAAUAAUUGGAGAAACAAUAUAUAAUGCAUGAAUAAUAUCAAUAGGAAUUAAAAAAAUAAGAAAAAGUUGAUUAAAACAAAUUGGAAUUUGCAGAAGGUGAAAAUCUGGACAUGGAUCAAAUAGGAAAACGAAUAAUAGAAAUCUAUACUGAUGUCUCUAAAAAAGAGCAAGACCCUUUAAUCAAGAAAUUAGGCACUGAUUCUAAGUUACUAAAAUCUACUUUAUAUGUAAUUGAUAUUUAAUAUUAUUUUUGCUUAGUCACUCGAAAGAAUAGUCUUAGAACUAUCAGAUUACAAAUUACAAUUUCUAAUGAAAUCUAAAUAAGAUUAUCUAGAUGCAGAGAAGAAAAUUAAUCAAAAAAAGAAGUAUAUUAUUUAAAGUGAAUCUUAGAGAAUAAAGAUAAACAAAUUAGAAAGAUGAGGAGAAGAAGAAGUAAAUAAUUGAGAGAAGAAGAAAGAAGGAAGAACAGAUGGCUAACUUCUAUAGGGGAAGAAAGGAUAUGCGAAGAAAUUAUCCAGCUGAAAAAGUAAUUGUGGAAUAGGUUGUAGAAGACAACGAUGAAAACGACGACGAAAAAUAUUUGUAAGAGAAUUAUGAACUCGUCUAUGUACCCUCAUAAAAAACUGAUAAUAUUUCAUCAUCAUAAUAAGUAUAAUAAUAAUGA